UAACGCAAUUAUUGUGACGAUAAAUUUGAAUUUCAAAACAUGAAACUCUAAAUUUUUUAGAUUUUUUUUUUUCAAUUUUUGGAUGUCAUUCCUUCUCUCGAUCACUUUGACGCAAAACAAAACAAAAUCAAUUUUGUUCUUAUAUCAAAGUGAUCACAAAGGGAACGAUGCUGCUGUGCUCGGUUUAUGGUGAUAAUCAAAUGUCUUCCUUUCAAGUACGACAGUUACAACAUCUCAUUAAAACUGUAACGAUCAAGAACACUUCAACCAGUAUAAAUAGUCAAGUAAAAUACCAUUUUUCGAGCAUUCUGUUACAAGAUACCCGAAAAAAAUGAAGCUACUGGUUCUAAGUCUUCUGGUGAUCCUAAGCUUGACUUUUGGUCUAGCAAAAAUUAAUCCAAGUAUAUCCAAGAUUUGUUCGAGAAGUGACCCACAACGACAAAAGUGCAUCAUCGAUGUAGUCCACGAGCUUCGAUCGAAUCUUGCUUCGGAAGAAUUUGGUGAGGGACGCCAAGCUCCAAAGCUGGACCCGUACGACAUAAAAUUGUUGCAUUUCGAAAACCCAUCAGGAUUCAACCUAACGAUGACGAAUGCAACGAUCACUGGCAUUGGUGGCUACAAGAUUCGUAGCUUGAGCGAUGACUUAUCGAAAAGAAGUUUCGAUUUUCUUUUCGAUAUUCCGACGCUAUAUGGCAAAGGAAGAUACGAUUUGAAUAUGAACGUGUUGUUCGUUCCGGUGAAUGGUAAAGGAUUUUUCAACAUGACACUAUUUGACACGAUUGCCGACGUGAAGACAAAAUACUUCCUCGAACAGAGAGACGAUAAAAAGUUCGUGAAAUUUAGUCCGGUCGAUAUCAAACUGAAGUUCAACAAGGCCCAGUUUUAUCUGGAAAAUUUGGGAGAUUUCGCCAACGGUGCUAUCAAUGCCAAUCCGUCGUUGCUGUUGGAUCAAGUCAAACCGGGCAUUGAGUCACAUUUGAUGAGUUCACUAACCAAAAUGGCUAACGCCGUCAUUGAUGGCGCGGAAGAACACGAGAUUUUUCUGCCGUGAGGAUUGAACCAGAGAAUGGUAUAUUUAAUUAGGAUUAGUGAACAGUAUUUUACUAAAUCCAGGAGUUACUGACAAGUGCAAUGUUUGAAAAGAAUAUCGUAAAAUGUAAGCCCAAAGAUUGCCUGUUGUGAACUGAAAUUUACCACCGCUCAUUAAAAUAUUUGGAGCUUUCCUGGAUCAUAUUUCAUACACCACAAUGAGUAACAUAGCAUAAGUACGAAGUUUAAGUAUAACCAAUAAAAGUUGAUUCAAGCGAACAAUUGUUCUGUAACGAAUUUCAAAUAAAAGAUGGCUUUUUGGUGAAUUGGUUUCUCGUCAAAACAUUUAUUUUUCGUUAACGGCCAACGCACAGUGGGGAAAAAUAGACCAAAAACGCGACGAUUUUUUGAAGGCAUGAUACAGCUGACCACAAAGCACGUUUUUGGUAUAAAAUGGUCGGUAAAAUCGAUUCCAUGUAUUUAGAAGGACCGCACGAAACGCUAUCAUGUUCAU